GGAGGGAGCGGCCGCUUGUGUCUGUGUGAGGGAGGGAGAGGCCUGCAGAGAAAACCUCUGGUGGGAAGUGAUGUUUUGUGAAAAAGUGGUGGAGCUGAUCCGGGAGCUGCAGCGCGCUACGGAUGGACAACUGCCUCCAUUCAAUGAGGAUGGUAUCAGAGAAGUCCUUGAAGAGAUGAAGGCCUUAUACGAACAGAACCAAAGCGAUGUAAACGAGGCUAAAUCCGAAGAAAAGACUGACUUGAUCCCAACGAUAAAGUUUCGUCACUGCUGCUUGCUGAGGAACAAACGCUGCAUUUUAGCAUACCUGUAUGACCGUAUGCUACGAAUUCGAUCCUUGAGGUGGGAAUAUGGAAGUGUCCUGCCAUCAGAAAUCCGGUUCCAUUUUGCUCCUGAAGAGACAGAGUGGUUCAAUCAGUAUAAAAAGUCACUGGCCACUUAUAUGAGAGCCAUCGGAGGAGAUGAAGGGCUGGAUAUAACUCAAGAUAUGAAACCACCAAAAAGUCUAUUCAUUGAGGUGCGGUGUUUGAAAGAUUAUGGUGAGUUUGAGAUCGAUGAUGGUACAACAGUCCUCCUGAAGAAAAACAGCCAGCACUUUAUGCCCAGGUGGAAGUGUGAACAGUUAAUCCGUCAUGGAAUCCUGGAACACGUGUUAUCCUGAGAACAUAAGCUGGAAGUCCGCGUGUCACUGUAGACUGUUCAACGUUGCUUUGGCUUGUAUUGCCUUGCCUUAUUAAAAUAUUCAGCUAGG